CGGGCGGGGGACGGAUGAUGGUGGCCUCCCACCCGCGGCAGGGAAAAGCAUAUCCCUCUUGGCCUUUGCCUUUGCCUUGACAAUUAUUCUCUCCUCGUCGACGCCGUGUCCCGCUUGAUUUCGAUCGCACGCACGCACGCACGCACCGCAACAGCAGCAGAGAAUCGAUUCGAUUCCCCCGUCCGUCCGCUGCUGGCUCGAUCCGUUCGGCCAUUCGUCGUGUUUUUCUACACCGCCACCCUUUUUUUCCCCUCCCCACACGGCUACUGCCAGAGUGCCAGUCCACCACCACGUCCCCGCCGCCGCCGCCGCCGCCGUCCUUCCCCACGCGCACCCCGUCGCGUCCCGGUGCUGUUGGGCGCGCGCGAGCGUUCCUGUGACGCUGCUUCCGCGCGCCGCCACCUCCCCGCGUGGAUUCCAAGUCAAGGCGGCAGGCGGGGUCGCGGUCGGAGGGAGCGAACGCGGGAGGAGGAAGGAUACGGCGCGCCUUGGGAGUAGUAGAAGCGAAGGAGAGGCGGGGUUUAAUUCGGGCGGUGGACUGAGUCGGAGGAUCGGCGGUGCGGGCCAGAGGAGGAUGGCGCAAGCAGAUGAGGUGGCGGCGCCGCUGCUGCAGGGCGAGGAGGCGGACGCCGAGUGGAACUCCAGGCCGCGCCGCAUUGCCCUCUUCGUCGAGCCGUCGCCCUUCGCUUACAUCUCCGGGUACAAGAACCGGUUCCAGAACUUCAUCAAGCAUCUACGAGAGAUGGGCGAUGAGGUGUUGGUGGUGACCACACACAAGGGAGCUCCUGAGGAGUUCCAUGGAGCAAAGGUCAUUGGCUCUUGGAGCUUUCCAUGUCCAUUAUACCAAAAUGUUCCACUCUCCCUGGCAUUGAGCCCCAGAAUAUUUUCUGAGGUAACUAAGUUCAAGCCGGACAUAGUCCAUGCUACUUCACCUGGAAUUAUGGUUUUUGGUGCCCUUGCUAUCGCGAAGAUGAUAUCAGUACCAAUGGUGAUGUCUUAUCACACACAUCUUCCAGCGUACAUACCGAGGUACAAUUUAAAUUGGUUACUUGAGCCCACAUGGAGUCUUAUAAGAUGCCUCCACCGAUGUGCAGAUCUUACUCUAGUUCCUUCAGUAGCUAUUGCCGAAGACUUUGAAACUGCUAAAGUAGUAUCAGCAAACAGAAUACGGCUUUGGAACAAGGGUGUUGAUUCUGAAAGCUUCCAUCCUAAAUAUCGGAGGCAUGAAAUGCGCAUCAAAUUGAGUGGUGGUGAACCAGAAAAACCAUUGAUAAUACACGUGGGCCGUUUUGGACGUGAAAAAAAUUUGGAUUUUCUAAAAAGGGUUAUGGAGAGGCUCCCAGGAGCAAGAAUUGCUUUUGUUGGAGAUGGACCAUACAGGGCUGAGCUGGAAAAAAUGUUCACAGGCAUGCCUGCAGUUUUCACUGGAAUGCUCCAAGGUGAGGAGCUCUCACAAGCGUACGCCAGUGGAGACAUAUUUGCAAUGCCUUCAGAGUCUGAGACCCUUGGGCAAGUAGUGCUGGAGUCCAUGGCUUCUGGAGUCCCAGUUGUCGCUGCUCGUGCUGGAGGGAUACCUGAUAUUAUACCCAAGGACAAGGAGGGCAAGACUAGCUUCUUGUUUACACCAGGAGAUCUCGGUGAGUGUGUGAGGAAGAUUGAACAGCUCCUUUUGUCAAAAGAUCACAGAGAAGCCAUUGGAAAGGCUGCCAGGGAAGAGAUGGAGAAGUGUGACUGGAGAGCAGCCUCGAAGAUAAUACGCAAUGAGCACUACAGUACUGCAAUGUGGUACUGGCGGAAGAAGAUGGGCAGAACUAACUAAGUUUCAUCAAUCCACUCAGGAAUUCCGUUGCUGCCCUCUCCAACUAGUUCCUGUUAAUAACCAAAGAAUUUGUACAUUGUACCCAACAGCUUGCGAGUUUGUGUGGCUAGCUGCAUUCAUAUGUCCACGGUUUUGGAUAUGAUUGACCGACCGCUUGUGUGCAA